AUGGACACUUCAUUUAUUGGAAUAAUAAUUUCUUUUAUUGGUUCUUUUUUUGGAGCCCUCGGUGAUAAAUUUGUUCAUGACAGUUAUAUAAAAGAAAAGAAUAUAAAUCCUAAGAUAUACAAAAAAAAAAUGAUAUGGCUAAUGGGUAUUUUAUUAAGUGUUGUUAUAGAUCCUAUAUUUACAAUUAUCGCUUUAUAUUUUACUUCAGCUGCUUUAGUUACUCCUUUUGCUGGUGUACAUAUUUUAUGGAACUUAAUUAUAACAAAUAUAUCUUUAAAAAUAAAAACAAAGUUACAUCAAUAUAUGGGGAGUCUCUUUUUAAUAACUGGCAUAGCUUUAAUAAUUACUUUUUCUGAAAAAAAAGUAGAUAUACAUAAUAUGAAAGAUUUAAUAAAUAUGUAUAAACAAACAAGAGUUAUUAUCUAUAUCAUUACAAUAUUUACAAUUAUUAUUAUUCUAUUAAUCAUCUGUAUUAUUCCUUUAUAUUUUCAAGAUAUAGCAAAUAUCAAAUAUCUCAAAAAAAUGAAUUUCCUCUAUUCCAAAAAAAUAAAUAUUAACAGACCAUCAUCAGCUCAUAUAGGAGACAUUUCCUUUGUUCAAAAAAUAAAUCGAAGAACAAAAUCUAUGGACAAUAUUUUUAUUGAUAAUGAUAUAAUAUAUCAUAAUGAUAGGGUGACAUAUUUAUCUAAUGAUAUGAAAUAUAUGGAGAACAAAAAACACGAUCCAAAUAUUUACAGCAAUUUUUUUAUACAUGAUGAUAAAAAUGAUGAUUGUAAUAUACAACAUACAAAUAAUACAUAUAAAUAUUUUCGUAAAUUAUUUCAAAAAGAUCAAAGAAAAAAUUUACAAUCACUCGUCAAAAAGAAUACCGUGCCUAUUAUUUAUAAAAUGGAAGACCAUAUAAGUAUCCUAUCCAAACAUAAUAAUAAUAAUAAUAAUAAUAAAAAUAAUAAUAAUCAUAGUAGUAAUCAUAAUAGUAAUAGUAACGAGGAAUGGAAAGUAUUACCUUUUAAUAAUAUCCUUAUUAUAAACCAUCAACAAAAUGAUACAGUGCCUUCCAAUUUAUUUACUAACCAUGAUACAUAUUUAAAAAAAAAAAAAGUAUGUAAAAAUAACAUAUUCAAAUCAAACGGUAGAAAAAAAAACAAACAAAGGAAACUUCACAAAUGUUAUUACAACAUUUUUAUGAACAAAAAAAAAAAAAGAAAAAGAAAAAUGCAAAAUAUAUAUGAACAGGAAUAUUCUAUAAUACCAAAUAUUCUUAUACCAAACGAUACCAAUCUGUUAAGAAAAAAUAAAAUUUAUUUAACUCUUCAUAAAGAUAUACAUAAAAAGUCACAGAAAAAAAAGAAAAAAAAAAGAUCUGUAGAUAAUUCUCCUCAAUCUUAUUUCAAUAGAGUGAUUCGAGAAAAAAUUAUUACAAGUAACAAUAUAUGCGAUCACAACAUUUAUACAUCAGCUAGCCAAAAAAAACAUAUGCAUUUUUUAUUAUUAUCUCAAAAAAAUUACACAUUUUUAAAUAAUCCUACAAAUAAUCAAAGUAUAAAGGAUAUAAUAACUAAACGUAAUAAGGAAUUAUUUUUUUUUAAUAAUACAAAUGAUAAUAUUAACAAAAAGGAUAAUGAAAUAAUUGAUAUUAUACAUGAAGAAAAUAUUCUCAUUUUUGAAAACAACAAUUUUAACGACCUGAACGGUUCAUGUGAAAGCUUACGUGUUCAGGAAAAAGCUAUAAAAGAAGGGAAAAGAAAAAAGAAGAAAAAAAAAACAAUUAACAAUAAAAUGGAUAAUGAAAAUGAACAUAUUGAUUAUAUGGAAAACAUUGAAAAAAAUAGUGAAGAAGAAAAAAUAAAUAAAAGUUGCAUUUAUUACAAUAGUAGUUGUAUUAAUAAUCACACUUAUUCAUUUGGAAAGAAGGAAUCAAAAUUUCCUUUACUAGCCAAAAUUUCAAAAAGACAGAAUACAUUAAUCAAUUUAGAGAAUGGUUUUACUAGUAGUAGCAAUACAGAAACUAUUGAAACUAUUGAAGCAAUUAGUAGCAAUGAUGAAAGUAUAGGAAGUUAUAAAUUAAAUAGUACCCAUAAUAAUAAUAAUAAUAAUAGUAAUAGUAGUAACUGUAGUAGUAAUAGUUAUAAUAAAUAUUAUAAUAAUAAUUAUUAUAAUUACAAAUAUGGUUAUAAUAAAUAUCAAAAUAAUCAAAUACAAUAUUUAUCUCUUAUUACUGCAAUAUAUUUAGUACCAUCAAAAUAUAAACGAAUAAAUACAAACACAAUUUAUUAUCGAAUUUUUUGUUGUACCUUAUGUGGAAUGUCAGGAGGAUUUGUUAAUAUAUUUUCUGAACAAAUAAUAAGUGUAUUACCAAAUGAAAAAUUUCAUAUGUUUGAAUAUUUCUUUUCAUAUAUUUUAAUAUUUUUAACAUUAUUUUGUUUAUCUAAUCAAUUAAUUUUUUUAAAUGUAUCAUUAUCUCACUUCACAGUUACAUCAGUAAUACCUUUGAUUAUGUCGAAUAUAGUUUUCUUUAGUAGCUUAACAACAAUAAUUAUGCAAUUGAAGGAAUCCAAAAUUAAAACCUUAAAUGCCUUACUAUUUUCUUUAGGUGUUUUUUUUGUUAUUGUUGGAAUAUUAUAUAUGCAAUAUAAUAUAAAUAAAAUAUUAUGUAAAUAUUUAAAGAAAAAAAACAAAUGA